CUCAUACAAUAUUUAAAAAUAUUAUUUAAAUCAAGUUAAUUUGAAUCAUAAGAAAAGCAGAUAAUACUUUUGGAUAUUCCCUACACGCACUACAACAAAUUCGCACAAUUUUACUUUGAAAAUGCGAGCCAAAUCGCAACAGCUGCGCUAUUUGCACUAGGCCCAUGACUGAGAAAACAAACUCCCCCGCCUUUUAACAUUGAGUGAACCGGCCCUGGUGCGCAUCAGUGCGCAUUAAUAUACUCUGCAUAGCUGCCCCUGCGUGCGAGCCGAGGCGUGUAUAAUACCGGGCUAUGGUAUUAUACUACAACACUCCUUUUGGCGUGUUCCGUGAUGCCAUAUUUGUAAUCUUGGUUGUGCUGGGAACGUAUGCAUGAAAUAGUUUUAUUGAUGAGGUCUGUCCAUCAACUGUGGUUAAGUCAGAGAAACGUGUUAGUUGCAGUUAACCGAUCCUUGGGAAUGUUGAAGUCGUAGCAAAGAAGCGGCGCAUAAGGCAGCAUUGCAAGUACUCUGGCAAACUCAAGUUCAAUGCUCAAGUUUGCAUGAAGGCGCAGUCGGCGCAGUUCCCUGACAGGCAUUCGAUAUUUACUUAAAAGCGUUCCCGAACGGAAAUAAAUGUCUUCAGGAGACGAAGUCUAUAUUCCACGCGUGACACAGUUGGACUCUAUAGAAUUUGACAAAGAAAUUGCCCAAGUUUUGAAAACUCAAGUUACCAAUAUAUCUAAAGUUACGCCAGGGUCGUUUUUGGAUAUUUUAGAACCAGAAAUAACUGCUCUACUUAAAUUUUACAUUUGGAAAAUUUCAGUACAUCGGAUGCAUAGUACAUUUGGCCAGCACCUAUUGAAUUUAAAAUAUGAAGGAACUUUGCCAAGGUGUAAAUCAUAUGCUUGGUGUAUUCUGUCUAUUAUUCCUUCAUAUUUGAAGGAUCGCUUGGGCCCUAAAUUAUCUUCUCAUAAGGCUGAUGCUGGGUUUCAUAUGUUGUAUAAAAUUGUUCAACAAUUACACAUUUUUGUAAGAGUAGCAACUCUUUACAACUUGUUAAUGUUUUUGAGGGAUGGCAAAUAUCCAACCUUGCUAGAACGUGUUCUAAGAAUGCGCCCAGUACCAGCCUCCGAGCAACAACGAAUUGUUGGCUACAGUUUUAUGACUCGUGAACUAAUUUGGCAUACCCUUAUUGGAAAUUUACUUGCUGAUAUACAUUUUCAAUGUCCAGCAUGUGGUUUUUCAUCAGAAAAUUCACAAGCAGUUGCAAUAGCAGUGAAUACAAAUCAGAGUACAUUACUACCUUAAUAGUUAUGUGUAAUGUAGUUGUACAUGUAGUAUAAUGUAAUGUACUGUAUGUGUAAUAAGUGCUUGCUUGCUGGCUCAUUAAAAUUUGUGCCUGAACAUGUAAAUAAUUUAAUGAUCAUCUGAAAAUCAUUUUAAAGAAAAAGGAAUGUGGUGAUGGAAAAAGGGAGUACAAAUCUUGAGUGAAAGUAGUAUUAUUAAUUUUAUGGAUUUUAUUACACAAAUUAUAAUACAAGAUUUAUGUUUUCCUGACAUUUUACAUGCAUGUAAUACAGGGGAGUAAGUAAAAUUGUAUAGAGGCAUGUUCUUUGUUGCCCAAUUAUUCUUCAGUUCAAUGAUUAUUUCCUGCAACCUAUUUACAAAGAAUAAAUCUAGAGUAAUUUUAAGAGCACUAUUCCAUGUAAUGAGUGAAAUUGUCAUUAUGGAUAUGGAUAAUUAAAUUAGAAUCAUUUAAAAUGAUUAUUAAAUUAGGGCCACUAUUACCCUUAGGUGAUUUAUUUACAUGAAAAGAGACUAGUGAAAGAGUGAGAACGAGACUACUUUGCAUUUGGAGAUAUUUUUAAUAAACACCCAGUGAAAGUGAAACAUUUAUAUAUUUCUAUGAGAAAUACUUUUAGGUUGUGAAGGUGAUUUUUUUGUUGUGCCUACUUCUGUAUUGUAUUCUUAUUGUAAUAUGUAAAAAUUGGCAUGAACCAGUGAUAUAAUGUGAUAAGAAAUUCUCUAAUUAUAAAAUGAAAGAGGAAAACAAAAAACAAACAAAUCACAUGCAGAACCAGAUGAAGGCCUCUUAAAAGUAAUAAUGUAAAAUUAAAACAAUGCUUUUUUAUAUGUGUGUACAAUGUGAAUCUUAUUCUCUACAAAAACAAUCUUAUGUGUAGAAAGAAAAAAUAAAUGGAAAAAGAUGUAUUGGCAAAAAAGAAAUUCUAUGAAUGUUUUAAUGAGAGAUCACUAAGGAACAGAAGCAUUGCAUGCCAUCUCUUUGUUUGUGAUGGGCACUAUUGUUCCUAAAAGUAAAAAAUAACUGACUGGUUUACAUCUAACCAAUCUAUGUUUGCAUUGCACCUUUUAGAAAAUAAAAAUAAUGACUGAUUUAAUGGGCUCCUGCAGCCUGUUUAGUUAGAACAGCUACUGGGGCUGCUGAUGCUUUGUGAACUGAAGGGCCAUUCUUAUUGACUGUGGCAUGGAAACCUGUUUCCCAGUCAGCAACAUAAUUGACUGUGCGCACACUGCCAUCAGGCUCCACAAGGCUAUAUUGGCCUUUAACUACAUCUCCAUCUCGCUGUUCCCACUGCCGCUUUACAUCACCUGUGUGUGGAUCGUUGACACCAUACUCAAAGGCAUAACGAGGAUGUGCAUCGUAGUGUUCGAUGUGCUUAGCAGCCACGGUCUUGACGGCGGCGACGGGCACCUUUGCGACGGCCGGAGCGGCCACGUAGCUGGCGACGGCGGGCGUGGCCGGGGCGUAACGAACGGGCGCCGACCCCACGGCGGGGGCGGCCACGACCGCCGGGGCUGCGUAGGCGGGGGCGGCCGAGUAGGUGGCGUAGGACGCAGGCGUGGCGAUGGCGCCGGCGCCGCCGGAGGAGUACGACGACAGCGACGCCGCGUGCGCAGAGGAGUACUUGAGGUCAGCGUUGGACGAGUAGGAAGCAAACGCGGGUGCGGCCACGGCAACGACCGGUGCUGCGGCGUACUUGGCUACCACGGGCGCGGUGUACUUAGCGGUAGCCACCACCGGGGCACCCACCGAGUAUUUGCCAUAGGCGAUGGCGGGACCGACGGCUGCGGAAUACUUGGCGUAAGUGACCACAGGGGCGGCGAUAGCGGCGGCGGAGUACUUGAGGCCGGAGGAAGGGGAAUAGGAUGUGGAGGCGAUGGCAGGGGCGGUGUAGGCAGUCUGCACGGCGUACUUGGCGGGGGCGACGACGGGCGUGGCGGGCGCCCCCUUGAGGGCGGGCGCCGCGUAGGCGACGGCGGGAGCGUGCGCGCUCACGUACGAGCCUAGCGACGCCGCCGCAGCCACCUUGGACGCGUGCGACGAGUAGCUGGAGUAGCUGGCGGGCGUCGCACCACCCACGUACCCUCCACCCGAGUAACUUCCGGCCAAGUAGCUGCUGCCGCCCGAAGAGUAACCUCCAGACGAGUAGGAUGCGCCCAGUGAGUAGGAGCCGCCGGCAGAUUGGUAAGAGGCGACGGGCGCCGCGGACACGUACGACACCACAGCGGGCGCUGCCGCGACGGUGGCUUGCUCCGUUCCCAGCGACGCGCCGUACUGUAGCCCGCCGCCCCCGCUGCCGUAGUAGAAGCCGUGCCCGCAGCGUAGGUGCUCAUGCUCCGGGUCGUAGUACGCUUCGGUCUGGACGAAAAGUCCGGCAAGCAGGCAGCUUGCCAGCGCCAGGACCUGCGCCUCUCUCCGCUCCUGCAGGCGUUGCGCUUGCUGCAGCGAAUGGCACCCCUCUCAAUUCGCCAGGGUGAAGAAAUUUGUGACGGUAGUAGUUCCGCCACGACCUCGCACAGACACCAGUCGGGCUAGAUACGCUGAAUUCGUCGGCCGAACGGCA